UACUUUAUCUGUCAGCACUCAAAGGUGGUACUGUCGUCUUUUUAAGAGAGUAAUGUUGAAGAUAUUUUUUUCUGAGAUGCAUCACAGCUUCACAGUGAAGAAAUGGGGAUGGGCACAACAGAUGCUUCUCUACUUUUUGGUUUCAGGUACUCACUCCUUGGUCACAGUCCACCAGCCUCCUGUGCUUACCACUGCUCUGGGUCAUGAUGUUAUAAUGCCGUGCCAUCUCAAUUUUUCCCACAAUGAGAAAAUGGUGACCCCACCGGUUCUGUAUUGGGUGUACUUAACACAGGACAGCACUGACAAUCCCAGACUGUGGAUGCCCUCUGAGAAAUAUGAUGGACGUGUUGAGCUUCUGGACAAUAACCCGAACACUUCAAGCAAGUCCAUACUCCUCAAGAAUGUCCAGUGGGCCGACAGUGGGAAGUACCAGUGCAAAGUCUCCGUCAUCACAGAGGGUGAUCGUUUCAGGAGGAGAGGAAAUGACACUUUACUGAUGGUGUAUGAUACCAUGAUCUUAAACCUCACCGGUCACAAUGACUCUCUGCUCGGGUGUAAAGUAAACGUGACCUGGGAUCCCGGAUUUGUUUUGUCCAUUUUUCAUGACGGAUGCAAACUCCAACCUGUUGACACAGCCCCAGGAGAUGCUGACGCAGCUCUUCCCUACGUCACACUCUCUGAGACCAUUUCUCUGAGGAGCAAAGGAGAAUAUGAGUGUCAGCUGCACCUGAACAAAGAUUUGGUCACAAAAAGCAUCUUCAACUACCAUGCGCCUGGUAAUAAUCUCCCUCCUGAUCUAGUUUUCAUGCAUGCACACUAAAAAGUUGCUGCUCUGCACUGAGUGUUAAACACUAUGAGAAUUGUUGUUAUUGUAAGACAGAAUUUAAAAAAUAUAAGCCUACAGUAAGUCUGUUCUUUUGAGUUAGUCAAUAAGUAUGUACAGUCACUUUAUUAUUAAUUGAUUCUGGUCCUAGUCAACUGUUUUUGCCUUCACCAGAGGAAAUCGAGUGUCCUCUAAACCAAAAAUACAUCCCUUAAAUAUGUCAAGGGAGAGUGUUCAAGCUAAAACAGCAUGUUAAAUUACUCUCUAAUUUAUUAGUUUUUAGCUGUACUGUAGAUUUUAAAAUAACACAAAUGCUGCCAUAAACAGCGUGGUUGGAAACACUGUCUUUACCCUGUUAUUGCAAAUGUUCGGUUUGUGGUUUCCUACAUGACCUGCAGGCUUCCACACAAUCUUCAACAUCAACUCUGACAGUAUUUGCUGUAGCAUCAGUCGUUGUUAUUGAUAUCUAUCCACAUCUGGAGAAAAGCUUGCCUCUUCUAACUAGAACCCCUUUAAGCAUGGAAACAUCAGUGAAUAUAAUUUUAAAGCAGCACUAGACAGUGUGAAGUUUAAAAGGCUUCAUGUAAUAUGUCAACAUUAAAGUGGAGACCUGUCUGAUCUUUUCUGUGGCUGCAGAUGGUGCAGAUGCUGAAAAAAAUGUCUCGCUAAUUACUUCAACAACUGUCUCCGUGCCAGGUGUGGUGGUGUUUCCAGAGCCAUGGCCCCUGUAUAUGGCUCUCCUCCUGGUGCCCAUCACUAUCCUGCUGGGACUCACAAGUGCCUUGCUGAUGCUGAUGUACAAAUGCUGAGUUUGUCAACAUCUGGCUGGAACAGAGAGGAUGGAGAUCCAGGGUUAUAGGAUGACUGUAUGUCUCUGUAACAUACUGUAUAUGCAUUUAAGGACAUGCUUACAAAUAAUUUCUGAUAUUCUACAUCUGUGACCGCCUAAGAAAUAUUUGUCUACUAAUUCACAACGUAAACUGUAUUUGACUGUUAAAAAUAAUAUUGCAUUGACAGAAUACCAAAGUGCUUAUAUGAUAUAUUACUAUGUUAUUAGUCAUAUUUAGUCAUUCGUUAUGCUCUUUAGCUGAAUGUACAUUCUCAUGUUGAUAUUAGUUGUGUUUUUGUGUGGUUUUGAUUUCCCAGGAACCGUUCGCUUUGAAUCAGAAAAUCUAAGCAAACCGACCCGUGACCCAGCCCCCCACCCCCACCCCUGCCCACAGGUUCCUCCUUCAUCAGAAAUGUAAACGUCUGGUUCUUUUUUUCCUGUUUUAAGCAUCAGUUCCUUCACAAUCUUUUCUGUUCCCCUGUAGAGAUAUAUCCCCCUUUAUAGGUGACAGAGGGCAGCUGCACAAAGGAGCAGCCAUUGACAGUGACCCAUUUUUCCUCUAAAUAUUAAAACAUGUUUCUAUGAUGUGAUAACUAGAAAUACAAUCAUAUUGCAGCAUAAUUUUAAGCAUUAACCUAAACAGGCUGUGGCUGAAACAGAGAGCCAAAACUCAAAUCACCUCUUAAUUAAAAUGUAUCAUCUUGUCGAUGCAUCAAUCCUGUCUUUUUGUAAAAUAAUCACUGAAGAUAUGUUUAUAUAAACAAGUUUAUCCUCAAUACGUCUUACUGUAUGAGUGGAUA